CUGGCAGGGGCCCGCCCUCCCUUCCUGAGCCCAGGCCCCCGUCCUCCUCCACGGGGCCUUCCCCGCCCCCCGCUGCAGUCACGGUUCCCACUUCCCAGUGUCCCUUGGGCUCCAAGAUGCCUGGGGCAGCACUGGGGGAGCCUCUGGGUCCCCACUGAGGGGUUGGUGGCACCUGUAGGGGAAGUUGCCUGAGGCCAGCCUGUGGGGUGUCCCCGCCAGCUUUCCCACCAGGGUGGGCCCUGAACUCCCAGCCCACCAAGAGAGACACGCCCCAGGCCCGUGUGGGGCCCUCACGGUGGGGAUGGGGCCAUGGCACCGGGCCUGACCUGCCCUUGCAUGGGGUCCGCUGGGCCUGCUGGGAGAGAGCUGCCUCCAUGAUGGGGGGAGCUGGAGGCUGGACGGCCUUGGGGUGCAGCUUGGUCUACACCAGGCCCUCAAGCCCAUGGCAGAGUGUGCACUGCGGGUGCAGUCCAGGCCGCUGGCUGCUCCUCUAGGCCCCCCCGCACCCUCCAUCCCAGCCCUGCUGGCCUCAGCCCCCAGACUCACCAGCUCCAGCCCUGGUCUUUGCACACACCAGUCCUGUAGUGUGCUAUGGCGUGUGGACAGGGCACAUCCACCUCUGCCUGGCCCACCAAGAUGGGGACAAAGCCAGCCAAUCCCUGCAGCCACACCCUCGGCUGGCACAACCCACAGGGUAUAAAUAGACCUGCCUGGGAGCCCACACCCGGCAACUCACACCUGCCUCCGACCAGAGCUCUGCCCUGCGCAUUCCCUGUGCCCCGCCUGUCUGGGACGGAGAAGAAGCCACACCUGCCAGACCAGUGCCACCAGCACAGCUGCUGGUAGCCGGCCUGGGAGGGUUACCUGCCAGGUGGAGCACAGGCCGGCUGGAGGAGAGGAAGCAGACGCUGGGGGGCAGGGCGGCCCCAGGCCCUGGAGCCCCACUGUGGCCGGUGAGGACGACCAUGCCCAAGACCCGCUGACCCGCAGCUGCCAGCUCAGAGACGUGUCCUCAGGCCAGCAAAUGUGGCACAAGGCUGUGCCACCCCCUUGCCGGAGCAGCUCCACAGCCUCCAUGCCCCGAUCCCCCAGCUCGGCCGGUAGCCCCCGGUCCCCUGGCACCCCUGGCUCGGAGAAAGUGGCCUCCCCCCUGGAGUGCUCCAUCUGCUUCUCAGGCUAUGACAACAUCUUCAAGACACCCAAGGAGCUCUCCUGCACCCACGUCUUCUGCCUGGAGUGCCUGGCCCGGCUGGUGGCUGCUCAGCCCGAGGGCGGCCCCGGCAGUGAAGCUGUGCCUUGCCCCUUCUGCAGGCAGCCCACGGCCGUGCCGCCCGCCGGAGCCCCCGCUCUGCGCACCAGCCGCCAGCUGCAGGCCCGGAUGCCAGCGCAUCUGCGGCGCGAGGAGCCCGUGUGGCUGGAGGGCACCAAGCUGUGCUGCCAGCCGCCGCCUGCCACGCCUGGCCACAAGCCUGGCUUUGUAUGUGUGGACGUGGGCCUGAGCAAGCCCGCCGAGCCCCCUGAACCCAUGCCCGCCCAGGACCCUGGCCCCCGCCGGGGCCGCCUGACCCGCUGCUGGGCGCGCUGCAGGGACUGGAGGCGCAUGGCACUGGUCUCCGCCCUGCUGCUGGUGCUCUUCUGCGUGGCGCUCUGGCCGGUGCAGUGCGCCCUCAAGACGGGGAACCUACGCUGCCUGCCCCCGGCCUCCCAGCCCUCCACCACCAUGGCCGCCUUCCCCCUCGGGCCUCUGACUGGCAACUAGGAUCACCAGCCUUGCCCAGGUCAGUCAUGAGUGGGUCCCCCACUAGGGUCUCAAGGGCGCAGCAGCCACUGAAGUCGGUCCCUGAGGACCCGAAAGGAGCCCAGCAUGUCUGGGGAUUCCACUUGGGCCCCACCAAGUUCAGGCUCCAUUUAGCUUGUUCACCCCUCACUCUGCAGGCUGGGCCCUGACAGGGUGGAUGAGAGGGUCUCCAAAGCAUCCCAGAACCACAGGCUCCCACAGGCUGCAGAGACCACCCGCAGCUCCUGUUACGCAGAUGGGGAAGGGCCCAGGAGGGAAGCUGGCCAGCACCCCUCCAUCCAUGCACACAGAAUCGCCUGCCAGGGAAGGGAGGGAGGGGCGUGCCAUGACCCACCUCACGCUCACGCUUCACCCCCGGGUCCUCCCCAGGCCUUCUUCAGGCAGGGCUGGUCCCUGCCAUUGGGUGGGGGUGCUAGUCUUGCCCUCUGACUGGGGGGACGGGGGGGCAGGGCAGCCCCCCAGUGCAAGAUAACCACGGAAACUUCCAGCUGUCCCUCCAACCCUUGUGAAUUGUAGAUUUUUAAAUAAAUUAUUUGUAUCCAUCUU